UCCUAUAUUCAGAAUGAUGUGAGCCUGUCUUUUUACCAUUCUAGGUUUCACAUAUAGCCAUUUCUAAAAUUAUAAAAAGUUAACCUCUAUAUAUAUUUUCAUUUACUUCAUCUUCGGUUCAAGGCUGAAGCCUGAAAGUGUGUGGAGCUCACAUAUCCUUCGUUCUUGAUUUUACUUAUAAGGGAAAAAAAAUGGACAAGCCUCAGCAACCAUCAUAUCUAUUAUUCCUCUUCUUGUUAGCAAUAGCAACUCUUUUCCCUGUCUCACAUGGAGAUGUUGGCACAGCUGCGCACUACAGUCCUCCAUAUUUACCAACUGCCUGUUAUGGAAAUGACGAGUCACAGUUCCCUUCGAGCAAUCUGUUCGCAGCGGCUAGCGAGGGAAUAUGGGACAAUGGGGCGGCCUGUGGAAGACAAUACUUGGUAAGAUGCAUCAGUGCAGUUGCUCCUAACACUUGCAAUCGAGAGAAAAUCAUUCGGGUAAGGAUUGUAGAUCGCGCACAAACUUCUGUGUCUAGACCUUCAAGAAAUGGUGCAACCAUUAUUCUUUCUGACAUCGCGUUUGCUCAGAUUGCUAGUCCUUCUGUGUCUUCCGUGAACGUUGAAUUUCAGCAAGUUUAACGAAGCCAGGCCAGCAUUUAAUUAUCUCUGCAACUUGAAGGCUGAGAAGUCAAUGCUUUAUUCAUCUUCUUGAUUUUAGAUUGUACUUAUCGGCAUUCUAAAAAUUACUUACAUGUGGAUGUUUAACUUAUGUUUGAAUAUUAUUGCCGCUUAUACUUCUUAUUA